AUGGGAGUACCAGCUUUCUACAGAUGGCUCGCCGACCGAUACCCGAAGUCUAUUAGCGACGUCGUGGAGGAAGAACCCACCGAUUCUGGUCGUGGUCACCCAAUUCCGGUAGACAUCACCAGACCUAACCCUAACGGCUUCGAAUUUGAUAAUUUGUACCUCGAUAUGAACGGUAUCAUCCAUCCUUGUUUCCAUCCUGAAGGAAAGCCUGCACCUGCUACAUACGAUGAUGUAUUCAAAUCAAUGUUUGAGUACAUUGACCAUCUCUUUACUUUAGUGCGGCCGAGGAAGAUUCUUUAUUUGGCUAUAGAUGGAGUUGCACCCAGGGCAAAGAUGAAUCAGCAGCGUUCUCGACGUUUCAGAGCUGCAAAAGACGCAGCAGAGGCUGAAGCUGAGGAAGAGAGGUUAAGACAAGAUUUUGAGAUUGGGGGCCAAAUGUUGUCUGCUAAAGAGAAAGCAGAAACCUCAGAUUCAAAUGUUAUUACUCCUGGGACCCAGUUUAUGGCUAUACUGUCAGUAGCUCUUCAGUAUUACGUCCAAUCUAGGUUAAACCAUAACCCUGGUUGGAGAUUUGUGAAGGUAAUUCUUUCUGAUUCAAAUGUUCCGGGGGAAGGAGAACACAAGAUAAUGUCAUACAUUCGCCUCCAACGUAGUCUUCCUGGUUUUGAUCCAAAUACACGGCAUUGUCUGUAUGGUCUGGAUGCAGAUUUGAUAAUGCUCUCUCUAGCCACACAUGAAGUUCACUUUUCAAUCUUAAGAGAGUUCUUGAACAUCUGGGUGUUGCGAGAAUAUCUGCAAUACGAAUUGGCCAUUCCAGAUCCUCCUUUCACUAUCAACUUCGAGAGAAUUAUCGAUGACUUUGUAUUCCUUUGCUUUUUUGUUGGCAAUGACUUCCUACCUCAUAUGCCUACAUUGGAAAUUAGAGAGGGGGCUAUAAACUUGCUGAUGCAUGUUUACAGAAAGGAGUUUACAGCUAUGGGAGGCUAUCUAACUGAUUCUGGUGAAGUUUUACUAGAUAGGGUGGAGCAUUUCAUUCAAGCUGUCGCUGUAAAUGAAGAUAAAAUAUUUCAGAAAAGGACGCGGAUAAAACAGUCAAUGGACAACAAUGAAGAAAUGAAACAAAGAUCAAGAAGAGACCCAUCUGAGGUACCACCUGAACCGGUAGACGAUAAGAUUAAGCUAGGGGAGCCAGGCUUCAAGGAGAGGUAUUAUGCUGAGAAAUUUAGUACGAUCAACCCAGAGGAAACUGAGCAAAUCAAACAAGACCUGGUACUAAAAUAUGUUGAAGGUUUGUGCUGGGUUUGCCGGUACUACUAUCAAGGUGUAUGCUCUUGGCAAUGGUUUUACCCAUACCAUUAUGCUCCAUUUGCUUCAGAUCUUAAGAAUCUAUCUGAUCUGGAAAUCACAUUUUUCAUUGGAGAGCCCUUUAAACCUUUUGACCAGUUAAUGGGAACCUUGCCGGCUGCAAGCUCAAAUGCUCUGCCUGGAGAAUACAGGAAGUUGAUGACUGAUCCCUCAUCCCCAAUCCUGAAAUUCUACCCUGCGGAUUUUGAGAUAGACAUGAAUGGAAAACGCUUCGCCUGGCAGGGUAUUGCAAAACUUCCUUUCAUUGAGGAGAAAUUAUUGUUAGCUGCUACAAGGAAGCUUGAAGAAACCCUAACGGUGGAAGAACGGCAACGCAACAGUGUGAUGCUUGAUCUGUUAUUCAUACACCCCACUCAUCCAUUGGGCCAGCGGGUUAUGCAAUACUACCAGUUCUACCACCAGUUGCCACCACAUGAAUGUCUUCCAUUAAUGAUUGACCCAAAUUCUAGCCAAGGGAUGAACGGUUUUCUCUGGCUAAGUGAAAGGAAUGGUUUCCAAACUACAGUGGUCUCCCCUGUCAAUGAUUUGCCAUGCAUUGAGCAAAACCGAGCCUUAAAUGUUACGUACUUGAAUCCUGCCAAACACUCUCAUAUUCCAGAACCACCAAGAGGAGCGAUCAUUCCGGAGAAGAUCUUGACGUCAGUAGAUAUAAAGCCAUUUCCUCCUUUGUGGCAUGAAGACAAUAGUAACCGACGCCGACAAGCCCGAGAUAGACCACAAGUGGCUGGUGCUAUAGCCGGACAUACACUGGGAGAAGCAGCUCAUCGUCUGAUCAAAAACACUCUUAACAUGAAAUCCUCAAGCGGUUCAGCUUCAGGAUUAAUUGACCCAUACGCGUACAACCGAAAUGUACCGGGUAAUCAUUACAACGGUGGUGUCAGUAAACCAAGAGCAUCAGGUUCCUCUUCUUACAAGAAAGCAUACGACGAUGACUCGAGCUAUUACUAUUACGGAAAAUACAACAAUAUUUCACCAGGAACGUACAGCAACGGUCCAAGAUAUCCUGUUCCAUUGAAUGGAUCACCAGACUAUAACCGGAACUACAACUCUAAUACAGUAGUAGAGCAGCAGUACCAUUGUGGAAUUAGGGAUGGAAUGUCUGGUUUAUCGAUAGAUGAUAACGCCAGAAGCAAACAGUUGCAUACAAGUUAUACGGCAGCUGUUAAUGCCAAUCUCAAACCGUUGCCUUCACCGCCAACACAAUGGACCGGAACACAGCAAGGUGGGAGUUUCGCCGGUGGAUACUAUAGAGAAGGAGUUGGAUAUGGUGAAUUAAAUGGAAAACCGGGAAAGAAAGUGAUUUAUCAGGCCAAGACACAACAAAGUCAUCAUCGAGGCACAAGUGAAUGA